AUCCUUUCGGUUGGCCGUGCUGCUGCUUGCCACUUAGCCAAUCUCGACCGCUUUUGGGGUCCUUUCGCGCCCUUCGUCCGUUUUUUGUUCGGGAUGUCACAGGUGGAUUGGCUGCUGCCUGGUUAAGCUUUUGGGCCCUCUGUCCGGAUUUUGGCCGUUCAGUCGGUUUCGUUACUUGACGUCGUUGAGAUCACGCGAAACGUGGCGCCGUCGUCGGUGAUUGGUUCGAGCUUUGUGUUUAGUUGGGAAAUUGAGUUGGGUGAUUGUUGAUGGCUUUUCCGGUGGGGAAUAGCUCGGCAUUCGAUAAACUUGAGACAGAUUAAACUAAUUGAAAUUAAAACAAGGAAGUUGUGUAAACGAUCCGGUGAAGUGUUGAAGUUUUAUCUUCUGACUUCGGUGCAUUAUUCAUUGUCAGUUUGAAAAGCUUGUUGUGCUGCACCGAGAAGUUGAAGUGGACAAAAAAAAUUCAAAAGUGCUUAUCAAGCACCAGUUGGUCGAUGAUAAGGGAUGACGGAGUUGUGCUGCGAGAUUGUUUCCGCAGUUUUUUCUUAUUCUGCUGCUUAGUCCUUGUUAGCAGCGUGUUGAUGAUUAUUACUUUAUAAUGGAGAAGAAGUGGUGAGAAGUUUCCGUCUUCUCAAGCGGCAAGAAUACACCGGGAAGUGAAUGGGAAGUUGGGUUUGAGUGAAAAGAAAAAUGAAUUAUUGGCUGAAGCUGAGAAUAUAAGUUGUGUUUCUGUGUCAAGUGAAGGAAGGCAAGCGAAUAAAAAACCGUGAGCUGAGCAGCAGCUGUUGGUUGCCGUUGUGCAAGAAAAGCUUUCCUGUGCCCGACCAAGCAGACAUAAAUUUCGAUUAGACAAUUGGCGACCCCCCGGGAGGCGGACAACAAAAGGAACAAGUGGUGCGUGAUUUAGUGAAUCCAUUUUCAGGCCAUAUUCCCAACCGAGAGUAGUAGAUUUAUGAAUUCCUCUGGGAUGCUGCCGGGGCAAAUUGCAUCACACGCUAAUUGAAGUGAGAUCCGUACCGGAAUCUGAAAAUAGAGAAGCAAUACAACGAAUUAUAAGUUUGGACAGCUUUUUUUUAUUUUUGCGGUUCCGUAAAUUAAAGCAGCAAAAAGGUUGAUGACCCAGUUCCAUAGAAACAUAGAAAAUGAAUUUGAUCCGCCGAAUCUAGACGGCUGGUGGAGAAGAAACGAGGGCGAUACAUCAGUGAGCGGAAGCAGCUAAUAGUGUAGUCCUGGUGGCGAUUGUGGUAGCGGAAACCGCGGUGGUGUUUCCUAGAAGAAGAAGAAGAAGACGAAGAAACAGAUAUCGUAGUGGUGAGAAUAGGGUAGAAAAGUUCGCCGCGAUAACCAACAUGGGCCCGUCACUCAACAUUAGCUUAUCGUCGGCGGUUCUACUGGCGGUGGCAUUUUGGCUAACACUUGUGAAAGACGUUUCAACGUUUCAGCCGGAUUUUGCAGAGCCAAUAAUCAACAUAUCGGUGGCUAUCGGGCGGGAUGCCACAUUCACCUGUCACGUACGGCAUCUGGGAGGUUACCGGGUCGGUUGGGUGAAGGCGAACACCAAGGCGAUACAGGCCAUCCACGAGCAGGUUAUCACCCACAAUCCUCGGGUGACGGUGUCGCACGCGGACCUCAAUACCUGGAAUCUGCACAUCAAGUCGGUGAUGGAGGAGGACCGGGGCGGCUACAUGUGCCAACUGAACACCGACCCGAUGAAGAGCCAGAUCGGUUACUUGGACGUGGUAAUUCCGCCGGAUUUCAUCGCCGAAGACACCUCCUCGGACGUGAUCGUACCCGAGGGAAGCUCCGUAAAACUCACUUGCAGAGCGAAAGGCUACCCGGAACCAGUGGUGACGUGGCGCCGCGAAGAUGGCACCGAAAUUGUUCUCAAGGAUUCUGCCGGCACAAAACAGUUGGUGACGUCCUACCGGGGUGAGGUGCUGAAGCUGGUGAAAAUCUCUCGCAGCGAGAUGGGGUCCUAUCUGUGUAUCGCCUCGAACGGGGUGCCACCGUCGGUGUCCAAGCGAAUAUCGCUCAGCAUUCACUUUCACCCGGUAAUCCAAGUGCCAAAUCAACUCGUGGGAGCACCGCUUGGUACAGACGUUUCCAUCGAGUGCCUGGUGGAGGCAUCGCCGAAAUCCAUCAACUACUGGGUGAAGGACACAGGAGAAAUGAUAGUGUCAUCACCCAAGUACCAGGUUCAGGACAUUCCAAAAUCGUUGUACGAGACAAAGAUGACAAUGACGGUCCGAGCCAUCCAGAAGGAGGACAUGGGAUCGUAUCGGUGCAUUGCAAAGAACUCGCUCGGUGAGGUGGACAGCAGCAUCCGGUUGUACGAAAUUCCUCAACCGAACCGCAAGUUCUACUCGCCCAAGUACGGCACGGACCAGAACGAUAUCGUCAAGCCCGGCAGCAACGGCGAUAAAUCCAGCAAACCGAAACUGUCGUACCCGCCGGACGAUGAUGAGCAGCAGUACGGUGGCUCGGCGGAAGAUUUCGAAGAGAUUAUCGACUCUAUGCAGCCCCAUCAGCAUCACCAUCACCACCACCAUUCCAACGGGGGUAAACCGACGGCCCGGUCACCUUUCGGGUCGUUGGACCAUCCGAACAGCGUCAAUGGUCGCAGCAGCAGCCACAACGGCAUCGCCAACAACAACAACGCCAUGAACGGCGGCGGGGCCAGCAGUAAUGGUAACAAUAAAAAUCUGAUAGCUCUGAUGAACGACAUCGCCACGAGAAAGCCGUUCGUCAUCCCGCCGGGACGGGGGGCCGACGGUAGUCUGGAGGGAAGCAAUGCGGCAGGCCGGGCCACUGCGGAGCUGGCCCUUUGGCGAUUGGUCGUAGUUCUGCUGGGAACGAGCUGGUACGCGAUUCCCCGCCAACGGCACUAGCUCUCGGGGUUCAGAUCCGAAACGAACCGAACCGUGUAACGGUAGGCUCUUAGACUUCAAUUCUCAUACAGUUAGGGUGCAACAGGGGACAAAAUCUGCUCUAAAAUUUAGAACAAUGCGGGACAAUGCGAAGUUCUUUUCGUUAUCAACCAACAUAUAAUGAUUAGAGUAUAGCAAACAGGACAUAUUAUAGAGAUAUAAACUUAUUAUCUUCAGGGGAUUCACAGACUGGGGCAUGCACAAAACGAGGGACAAUGCUGUAUAUUGGAUGUAAAUUGCAAAGAUAAAUUAGUGGAUCGAGCGAUAAGAUAUGUAUUUCUAUGGAAAUAGUAGACAAACGGCCAAAGUUAGUUCGCCUGUUACGUUGCAAAAAAUGGGGAAAGCCUAGGUUAAUGACACUGUUUUCGCUGUUACUGCUGGCAAUAAAUCUCUGCCCGAGGAUAUCAACACA